AAUCCUGAAAGGAACUGUACACCUGGCAAUCAUCGAUCUAUUCUGAGCACCGCAUCGAACAGGGUAUAUUUCGAGACCAGUUCUCCUCCGUCUUUGUCUUACCCAUCUCAUCUCUCUUCUCAACAUCACAACACACAGAGCCCGCACUCUCCCACAGCCCCUCAAUCAAGCUUUCCCAUGUCUUCCACCUCAGCCUACGAUCAGCAAUCAUCUCCCCGAACCCUCGACUCCCGUAAUGGCUCAACCUUCCGCGGUAACACUGACACCCAAAACACCGCUCACCUAGCUUCCCUUCCCCGCUCCUACUUUCGCUCAACCCCAAGUAUCAACCUCGGAAUCGACGACAACCUUUCCAUCACCACCUUCAUCGACGACCUCGAUACCCGCUCUAACACAAAAUCACAUAGACCAUUUGACAAACGUUCAUUCUGGAUCGGUCUCGGCUUAGGGGCUCUGCUGUUUACGGCAGCUGCGACGCCGUAUUUUGCCCUGUCGACGACCAAGGCGCAUUGUGAUAUAAGAGUGGAGCUAGAGGCGGAUUCGUGGAUGAACAAGUGUGGGGUUGUUGGGAGGUCUUUGGGUGGCAGCGUAGGGAGAGAUGUGGAUGAGGUUGAUGAUGAUGUUGAGGUGGUUGAGCCUGUGAUGGAUGAGGAAGUGGGAGAAGAGGUGGGGGAAGUGUUGAGAUCUUUGGGGUUGGAUGAGCCGUAUACUGAAGAUGAGGGAGCCUCGUAA